AUGAAUGUUCACCUUUGUAUCUCUAGAGUGUUAUCAAGUAAUAAGAUAAUAAUAACAAUACGUCAUCAUCAUCAGAAGAAGUCUAGGGAGAUGGAUACAGAAGAGAUCAGAUUAUCAAAUAGUACUUCUACGACAACUGUGUCUGAAGAUGUAACAACAUUUAGAGAUUAUACAUUGGAUGAUAGUUUGUAUAGUAGACAAAGAUAUGUACUUGGUGAUUAUGCCAUGAACAAGUUGACCAAGGGAGGAAAUGUGUUUCUGAGUGGAUUGGGAGGUGUAGGUGUAGAGAUUGCAAAGAAUCUAGUGUUGGCUGGUAUCAAGUCACUCACUCUUCACGAUACUAUCAAUGCCUCUCCAUACGAUCUAUCAACUCAAUUCUAUAUCAACCCAUCAAACACCAAGGUUGAUGCUGGUGCAAACAGAGCAACACUAUCAAUCGAAAAGAUAUCCGAACUCAAUCCAUACGUUAAAGUAUCUCAAUCAACACUAUUAUUCCAAGAUAUUAUAACCAAUUUAGAUUAUUUAUUACAAUUUAAAUGUAUCAUUUUAACAGAAUGUCCAUUAGAAUAUCAAAUUAAAAUCAAUGAAUAUUGUAGACAACAUUCUAUUUAUUUCUUGGUAUGUGAUAGUUUUGGUCUUUUUGGUUGGGUAUUUAAUGAUUUUGGUCAAGAUUUCUUGGUACACGAUAAGAAUGGUGAAGAUAUAAAGGAAACAUUCAUCUCGAGUAUCUCGAUUGACAAGGAGGCUAUUGUCACUUGUAUGGAGAAUCAAAUGCAUAAUUUAGAGUCUGGUGACUUGGUACUAUUCCGUGAGGUUAAAGGAAUGACUGAAAUCAAUGGUACCAAACAUAAAGUCAAUGUAAUCAAUCCAUACAGUUUUUCAAUUGGUGAUACUUCAACAUUCUCUCAUUAUCAAUCAGGUGGAAUCAUAUCUGAUAUUAAAACUCCAAUUACUAUUAAUUUUAAAUCAUUAAAAGAAUCAAUUGAAACACCAGAUAUAUUAGAUUUUGACUUUAUGAAAAAUAAUUAUCAACUUCAUCUUGCAAGACAAACCAUACAAACUUGGUUUGAAGCUCAUUCAUCUACUUUACCAAAAGCUUGGAAUCAACAAGAUGCAAAUGAUUUUAUUCAACUUGCAAUUAAUAUAAAUGAAAAGUUAAAGACUGUUGAAGAAAUUGAUAAAACAUUAUUUGAAAAGAUUGCAUUUACAUGUUUGGGAAAGAUUUGUCCAUUGACAUCAGUAUUGGGUGCUUUUACAGCUCAAGAAGCAUUAAAGAGUAUUACAGGCAAAUUUACUCCACUCAAACAAUGGCUCUAUGUCGAUUGUUAUGAAUUAUUCCCAAAACAAGAAGAAAAGGUUGCAAUGAUCAAUCAUUACUCUAUCCCAAACACUUCUAUCAAAAUAACAACAAAUCUCCUUUCAGAUAGAUCAUUGGCACAACACAUUUGUCUUGGUCAAGAAACAUGUGAAAAGUUGGAAAAUACAAAAUUGUUUAUGAUUGGAUCAGGUGCAAUUGGUUGUGAAAUGUUAAAAAACUAUGCACUUCUUGGAGUUGCAUGUGGUUCAAAUGGUAGAAUUACAAUCACUGAUAAUGAUUUAAUUGAAAAAUCAAAUUUAAAUCGUCAAUUCUUAUUUAGAAAUACUGAUAUUAAUAAUCCAAAAUCAAAAGUAGCAAGUUUAUCAGUUACUAAAAUGAAUGAAAAGAUUAAUAUUGAUGCCCAUCAAAACAAGGUUGAGAUGGCAUCUGAAAAUAUUUAUAAUUCAGAGUUUCUUGAUCAACAAGAUGUUGUUGUUAGUGCACUCGACAAUGUUGAAGCACGUCUCUAUGUGGAUACGAGAUGUGUUCAACAUUCACUACCACUUCUCGAAUCUGGAACUCUUGGCACCAAGGGACACACACAAGUUAUCUUGCCAGCCAAAACAGAGUCUUAUGCCUCUCAAAAGGAUCCAGUCGAAAAACAAACCCCAUUCUGUACAUUAAAAUCAUUCCCAAACAAUCUUAGUCAUUGUAUUCAAUGGUCAAGAGAUAAAUUUGAAAAAUUAUUUUCAAUCAAUAUUCAAGAAUUGGAUAAAUUUAUAAAUGAUUCAGAUUAUUUAAAUAAAUUAUUAAAUAGUCAAGCAAAUAAUAAGAUUGCAAUUUGUAAAUCAUUAUCAAAAUUGAUUCAAAUCUAUCCAACUUCAUUCAAAGAUUGUGUGGUUUAUUCAAGAUUAAAAUUUGAAAAAUUAUUUAAUCAUAAUGCUCUUCAAUUAUUACAUAGUUAUCCAAUGGAUUUAAAAACAAAAGAAGGAACACCAUUUUGGACAUUACCAAAAAGACCACCUGUAGCAGUUCAAUUUGAUAGAAAUGAUGAUACUCAUAUUAAUUUUAUCAAGGAAACUACUGCUUUAUGGGCAAAUAUUUUUAAUAUUACUAUUCCUUCAAAUCCAUCAAAGGAAUUAAUUGGUAAAAUUUGUUUAACUGUAAAAGUACCAAAAUUUGAAGCAAAAAAGAAAGCAAUUGUUUCAGAUGAAAAGGCAGCUGCUCCCAUUGAAUCAUUUUCAUAUGAACAAUUUAUUGAAUUGACCAAAAAGCUUGCCAAACAAUUGGAAGAGUUGAAAAAGGAUAAACUCCAAGAUAUGAUGACUGACACGUCAUCUCCAACUCUUGUAUCAUUGUAUCCACAAAGCUUUGAAAAGGAUGAUGAUAGUAAUCAUCAUAUUGAUUUUAUAACAGCUACGUCUAAUCUUAGAGCUAGAAUCUAUAGUAUAGAAGAAGGUGAUCGAUUCAAGGUUAAAUUGGUGGCUGGAAAGAUCAUUCCGGCUAUCGCCACCACUACAAGUGUUGUUAGUGGAUUGGUAGCCAUCGAACUUGUAAAAAUCAUCAGAGGCGACCUUCCCUUGGACCAAUUCAAAUGCACCUAUUUGAAUCUCUCACUUCCCAUCUUUUCAGUCACCGAACCUGGACCUGCUCCAACUGUUAAACUCACCCCAUCAAUCUCUUAUAAUCUUUGGGAUCGUUGGGCAAUUAAAGAUAAUCCAAAUAUUACUGUUCAAGAUUUAAUUCAAUUAAUUAAUGAUAAAUAUGGAUUGAUGAUUUCAGGAAUCUAUCAAAAUUCAUUAUUGGUAUUUAUGUCUGCUUUACCAUUCCAUAAAACACGUUUGUCUAUGAAACUAAGAGACCUCUUGACCGAUCUUGACAAUCAAAAGUUUAUUGAUUUGUAUGUCUUGUUCAAGAAUGAAAAUAAUAUCCCUCAAGAUACCACUACUAGUAUCUCACCAGACAAUGUUAAUAAUAAUGUUGUUAAACCAAGAAAAUUAUUUUAUCAUAACCAAACAACGACAUUUUUACAAAAAAGAUGUGAAAAGAUAGAUAGAGAUGUUCAACAUUAA